AUGGCCACAAUACAGCGACAUAUUGGAUUUUUCCAUCCGUAUUAUGCUCUCAUCUACCUCGAUGCGAAAGGCACGCUUCAUCACGAGGUGUCCCCAUCAAUUACUAAUAACAGCCACUCGAUUCUGACCCCCAGGGUAAUGGAGGCUUUUCUGAACGCGACUAGGUCGGCGCAAACAAGCCUACUUCACCCAGGCCUGCUUCCAGUGCAGACUGAAGAAGACUAUGGGCAAGACGUUCACUCAUUGCAAAUGGGCUAUGGGCUACAUGACCAACGACUGUUAGAAAGUGAUAGAUUCUCGCAAAACUACAUUCCACUAGGAACUCCAGUUGAACUAGCUGUGGAACAAAACAACCACUGGCAUUGCAAUGGCUUGGAAUCUCAACGCGUACCUUAUUCGGUCGAUCUUGAUGGAAAAAGCCAGCAAAGCGCCGCAUUUGCUCUUGGAGAUGAAGGACAACUGGCUCUGUGGUACGAGGAGGCCUUCAAAAAGUUCAACCAGUCGAACUGCCGGGUUCUUGCAAAAGGAUACAUUAAACUUAUUGAACCGAGGAAGCAGAUGGUCUACCCGUAUAAUGGGCGGAUAAAUACCUCUGGCAAAAAACAGCAGCUUGAUCCAGAGGCGACUAAGCCACCCUGGUGGCCAUCUGGAGUCAGCCAUCAAGAGCCUGACCAUCUACUUAAAGCUGAACGCAUCCGGCUUUUAGGGUUCAUUGUGCGCGGUCUGCUAGCAAGUCACGGAAUCACUGUCAAUAAAUUGAGAGAAGCUGACCGACCGAUUCGCUGUCAAAUAUCUCCCCCUGAACGACUUCAGCUCCUGGAUGAUAUAUACCUAGUUCGACAAGAAGAGGAAUUGAACUUCAAGGGUGCAAAAGGUCAGUUUUCAUGA